AUGGAUAAGCGAACCAGAAAGAGAAUACGUCAAGCCAAGAAAAAAGCUCGGCCUGAACUGAAAGGUAGCUAUGGAUGGAAAAAGUUCAAUUAUGCUAAAACAAUGGAUUUAAGUUUAAAUUCUGUUCGUGAUAAUGUUGAACGAGUUGACGUUCGCUCAAUAACCCAUCAAGAAUUCAUCCGACAAUUCGAAAAACCUCUAAAGCCAGUAGUAUUAACAGGUGCUAUGGAAAAAUGGCCUGCUAUGAAAAAGUGGACAAUAGAGAGAUUAAAGCGAAAAUAUAAAAAUCAACGAUUUAAAUGUGGAGAAGACGAUGAAGGCUAUUCCGUCAAAGUUAAAUUGAAACACUUAUUAGAAUACAUGAAACAUCAAGAUGAUGAUAGCCCUUUCUAUAUAUUUGAUGGCUCUUUUGCAGAGCAUUCGAAAAAGAAACGUUUGUUAAAUAAUUACGAAAUUCCGGAAUUUUUUCAAGAUGAUUUAUUUAAUUAUAGCGAAGAGAAGCGACGGCCUCCACACAGAUGGUUUGUUUUAGGCCCUGCACGCUCCGGUACUGGUAUUCAUAUUGAUCCACUCGGUACAAGUGCCUGGAAUAGCCUAAUUUCAGGUCAUAAGAGAUGGGCUUUAUUUCCAACCACAACUCCAAAGGAAUUACUUAAAGUAUCUGGAAAGUUAGGUGGAAAUCAAAGAGACGAAGCUGUUACUUGGUUCUCAAUUAUUUAUCCAAAAACACAGUUAUCGACUUGGCCCUUACAGUUUAAGCCGCUUGAAAUUUUACAAAAGCCUGGCGAGACUGUCUUUGUGCCCGGCGGUUGGUGGCAUGUUGUAGUCAAUGUCGAUAUGACUAUAGCCGUCACGCAGAACUUUUGUAGCCCUACUAAUUUUCAUAUCGUAUGGAGUAAAACUGUCCGCGGUAGACCUAAACUGUCCAAGAAAUGGUACGAAACUCUCAAGCGGAAAAGGCCAGAAAUUGCUAAAAUAGCCGAUCAAGUCGACCCAAAUAAGAGCACUGGGCUAGCAUCUGACUCAUCAUCAUCAUCGUCAUCCUCAUCUAGUGACAACGAUAGUAGUAGCUCGUCAUCAGAAAGCGAUUCAGCUAGUGAAGAAGAUCAUAAAAGAAAACGUAAAAGCUUGUCCAUUGGAAUAACUCUAAUAAUGUUAUGGUAA